GGGAACAUGCAGUCUAUAUUUACUACGUCUAUGGACGCAAUAUGAAUCCUCUGUAAACAUUAAUUCCUGGUCUCUUCAGGUUUCAUGUAUUUUGCUAAAUGAAUGUUAAGUUCUAUGAAGACGGAUUUAGUAUAAAUAAAUUGACUGUCACAAUCAAUAUCUUCGAUUUCGAGAAAUACAUGUUCAUUAAUUUAUCUUGUAAUGGAUGGGACAAAUUUAUAUAAUGUAUUUCUUCAGACACAUGGACUACAACUUGAGUCUUACGGUAUUCCACAAUUAUUUUGGGAAAUUCUGUACAAGAAAUUAAAGGAUCAGAUUUUUGACGCUGGUCUAGUCUUCCAGUUGGUGAAAGUAGAAUACGAAGAGGGAGAAAAAUGUGUUACAGAUCCAGUUUGGAAAUUGCUUGUAUCUGCGCAAGAUGGAAUUUGUGCACAAGAUAGAAAUAACAUUUAUUUGAUUGAUCAUGCAUGGACAUAUGAUGUCUCCAAUGCUCAACAACAUUUAACUCAAGUACCUGCUCUGCUUGAUCGCAUGUGCUCUCUCAUGGGCUUAGAUACUGAUGCAGAAGAGCAAGAAAAAAUUGAAAAUGUUUUAAAUGAGAUGUGGCGAUACAAUCAGUCAUAUUCAAUAAAUUAUGGCGAGGUAGAAGAUAGGAUGCCAAUAUGGUAUGUUAUGGAUGAAGUUGGAUCAGCCAUAAAUCAUUGUGAUGAACCAAAUUUUAGAGCAGUGCCUUUUCUGUAUAUGCCAGAUGGUACUAUUUAUACACUUCUGUUUCCUAUAAAAGAUGUUGCUGUAGGCGAUGAAGUCACAAGGGAUUUUGUAGAAGGCCAGACAAAGAGUGCUCAAAAGAGACGUGCAUUAUUGUUGCCUUGGGUACACAGCACUUUUGAAAACGAAAGUUUUGAACAAACUGAACCAGACACAAAUUACUUCUCAACAGGGCAUGUUUCUGAAAGCUUGCCGGAAAAGAUGGAUACAAUCAAGAAAAAUAUCAGCCAAAAAUUGAAGGUUUUUUCACAGUACAGUAAUGUGAAUAAUUAUUUGACAGAUCCUGCAUUUGAAAUCACAGACAACAAAGAAGAAGCGGAUAUAUUGUGGCUCGUGUCGCAUUUUAAAAUGUAUAAGGAAUUAAGUAUUUCUUCGCCUCAUGUUUUUGUAAAUCAAUUUCCAUAUGAAAAUGUUUUGACGAUAAAGGAUCUCUUGUCGAUUGUUUGCAGAAGAAAAGCAACAAACAAAUUGUAUGAUUUUGACACUCUUGACACUUAUCCGGUUUGGUUACCGACGACGUAUAACUUGAGCACAGAAUUGGUACAAUUUGUUGCAUACUUUACGCAACGGGCAGAUAAGGAUUUGGAUAAUCAUUGGAUUUGCAAACCGUGGAAUUUAGCAAGAGGCUUGGAUACUCACAUCACUAAUAAUCUCUAUCACAUUCUAAGACUACCUUGUACAGGGCCUAAAAUUGCACAAAAGUACAUAUCACGACCAGUUUUGUACAACAGACCAAACGUUCAUCAAGUGAAAUUCGACGUGAGAUACGUCGUGUUGCUGAAAUCUGUAAAACCACUAUGCGCGUACGCUUACGCAAACUUUUUCUUGCGUUUUGCGAAUCUACCAUUUGCGUUGAAUAACUUUGACGUAUAUGCACAACAUUUCACCGUGAUGAAUUACAUUGAAGAGAAUCUCUGCCACGUGAAAUGCGCCGAUUUCAUCGUUGAGUGGGAAAAUCAAUAUCCGGAUUAUCCCUGGAAAACCUAUGUCGAGCCAAAAGUUCUUUCCGUGUUGCGACAGGUUUUUGAGGCCGCAGUCGCACAAUUGCCGCCAAGGGGAAUCGCCGAAAGUCCGCAAAGUAGAGCUUUGUAUGCCGCAGACUUAAUGUUGGAGUGGAGAGACUCGGAGAUGCAGCCCAAGCUUUUAGAAAUUAAUUUUACACCCGAUUGUCAGCGAGCGUGUGAAUAUUAUCCAGAUUUUUACAAUGACGUAUUUAAAUGUUUGUUUUUGGACAUUGACAAUCCAGAAAUCUUUCAUGUGCUAAAUUCGAUUGAAGUAUAAUCUCGCUGUUUAUAUAAAAAAAUUUUAUAUAAAAUACUUCUUAAUAAUAUAUGAUUUUAUGAUUAUUGAAUUUUGUUACACACGUACACAUACGCUGGUUGUGAUUAAAUAACUAAAUUAUUAUAAGUUAAAUAAAUUCAUAUUUAUGAGCGAUCGAAAUAUGUUUGAGUUAUUCGUAUUUCAGACUCAAAUUAAUAACAAGUGUUUCACAUCACUUUCGACAUUAAUAUAAAUUUCUGAUUUAGCAUUAAUUACAUUAACAAUCUAUAAAAUGUAUUAU